AGCAUCUUUUCCUCUGGACAGGUUUUGACAAAUCUCCCCCUAUAUGAACCGCAAGAAGAUUCGGAGGCAAAUCGUAGUCAACUCAGUUGUGUCUCCAGCGCCAAAUCAUAUAGAUGAAACGGACCCACUACGUGCAUUACCUGUAGGAUUCUUCCCAUACUAAAAUGUCAUUUACAUUCAGACUGACCUGAGAAUGAGUAGUGCUAUGGUCCACGUGCGACUCUCCGCAGCCAAUAUAGGAACAGCCAUUCUAUCCGGAAAAAGAGAGAGCAAGAGUUUACAAAGCUGCAGUAUUCAGGCCGGCAACGGCGAAGAACGUCGGAAGGAACUUUCUUACCUCUAAACAAGCCCAAAGGUUUGGUCCCUUGACUUUGCAGUCUUGACAGCUUCCCUACAUAGGAAAAAAAGGGAACAAAACCGUUACACAAGGAGAUUCUGAAAAUGUCACCCCCUACAGAGGUUACAGGAAAUGUAUGGCCUCACUAGAAGACACAAUGAUGGAGACCCCCCAGCACCCACUCAAGAUGGCCGCCCUGCAUGUCAUGGAUUUUCCUACGUCCUUUUACAACUUCCUUUCACAACUAAAAUCUUAUCCCGGGCUAAAGAAAAUCUUUGCGGUUACUGCCGUCAGCGCGGUGUCCAUUGUGUUUUUGGCUCAUCACUUUAAAAGAAGACGGGGGAAGAAAAAAAUCCAGGAUCCUCCCUGGGAGCCCGGCAAUCUCUUACUGGACUGUACCAAGAAUAUGACCUUUGAGAAAGGAUCCAGCUGCUCCAGUAGCCGGCAGAACCUGACCCUGUCCCUGAUGUCGGUGAAGGACAAGGGAUCCCAGGUCCAUAUUAAUGGAGGACUGAACAGCAGAUAUUCAGGAUCUGUGCAGAGUCUGGCUUCAGUUCGAAGUAUCAACUCCUACCAAAGCUGCGGCUGUGUCAACUCAAAUCCCUGGGACAAAGGGGAAGAAGAGGAUAUUAAGCUUGUAAACAUCCCAGUCACCACACCAGAGAACCUCUACCUGAUGGGAAUGGAAUUAUUUGAAGAGGCACUAAGAAGGUGGGAACAAGCCCUCUCCUUCCGAAAUAGGCAGGCGGAAGAUGAGGCGGGCUGCGAAUCUAUCAGAAUGGGGGCUGGUGAUGCCAUUGCUGAAGAAAACGUGGAGGAUAUCAUAAGUGCUGAGUUUAUCCACAAACUGGAAUCUUUACUGCAGCGCGCUUACCGACUCCAGGAGGAAUUCGAGGCCUCUCUUGGAGGUUCUGAUCCGGCGUCUUUGGCCAAUGAUAUUGAUAAAGAGACGGACGUCACGGUGAUGGAUAACGGAGGUGAUUUUGGGAUGAGAGACACAUUAAGCACCGCUUCAAACGACUCUUUCAUGUCUGCCACGGAGCUGACGGAGAACAGAGAGAUGAGUGGCAGCGGCGGCCUGCCGUCCCUUUACCACUGCCCCCUAUACGAGGAAGCCAUGUUACUGGCAGAGGAGGGGGGAAUAUACUGCAGAGCACUAAGGACGGACUUGCUGGAGUGCGGCGGGGACAGCGAUUUCCUUGCGAAGCUUCACUGCGUCCGUCAGGCUUUUCAGAUGAUACUUUCGAAAGUCGAAAACAGAGAAUUUCUGAUAAGCGUCUGUAGAAGAAUCUUAUCAUUGGUGAUUCUCAAGGCCAAAAAGAAUCCCAGGAAGUUUGAAGCGGCUUAUGACGAGAUGAUUUGCUUUCUGAACAAUCCCCACUCCUGGUCCACCAUGGAAAAUGAGCUCUUCGGAAGAGGGGUGAAGAAUAUAAAUUUUUACGACAUCUUUCUGGACUUCAUUGUGAUGGAUUCUUUUGAAGAUUUAGAAAAUCCGCCAUUGUCCAUCCAGAACGUUGUAAAUAACCGCUGGUUAAACUCCUCCUUCAAAGAAACAGCUGUCACCUCCAGCUGCUGGACUGUUAUCAAGCAAAAGAAACAGCAGGUGAAGUCACCAGAUGGAUUUUUUGCACAUUUCUACGCCGUCUGUGAGGAGAUAUGCCCGGUGUUGGCUUGGGGAUUUCUUGCGCCCAGAAAUGCACUAUAUGAGCUGUGCUGCUCUUAUAAGGAUCAGAUCCUGCACUUCCUCAAAGACAUCUUUGACCUGGAGAAGGUCCGCUAUUCCAGCGUCGAAAAUUUGUCGGAAGACAUUUUGCAGAACAUCUAUCAGCGUGCAGAGUCACUGGGGCUGUACGUGGGAGAAUACUCUUCGAAGUCCACUUGUGUCCAUCCCCAUAGAUAUAGAUCUGCUAAAACUGAUCCCCGAAAUCACAUUUAGGGUCUGCACGCCUGCCAGCAGCCAUCCCCUGAACCGCACUACUAUUUAUAAAGGAUCAGUUUUCAUGUAAAGAUAACACUUGUUCCAGUAUCACCCUAUAUCACUGUUUCCCAACCAGGGUGCCUCCAGCUGUUGCAAAACUACAACUCCCAGCAUGCCCAGACAGCCGAUGGCUGGGAGUUGUAGUUUUGCAACAGCUGGAGGCACCCUGGUUGGGAAACACUGCCCUUUAUUCUGUGGAGAAGUUGGUUCGCCUACUGCCCAAAUAGGUCUCCCAUAAUAAAUGAUAUGCCUUUCCCCUACAAGAAUACAUAAAGUUGUUUUUUUUUUCUUUUGUCAGUAAAUAGUUAAAAUUUCCUGGACUUUUGAUGCUCAGUGCCAGUUUGGCAGCCCUGUCAUUUGGCUCCUUUUGGGGCUAAUUUGCUCCCCUUGACCUAUGUGAGGAGCACAACCAACCAUUUGUAGAGGAGGUUGACUCUGAUCCAUCCUUUUAAUGAUGCAGCCACAGUUUUUCCUGUCGGAACGUUCUGGUUUACUUUUGACCAUUUUAUUUUUCAGUGCUCACUUUUGCGCGGUCCAACACUCGCCGCUGUUCAACUAAGUACGUCAUCUCCUCUUGUUACCAGGGCAAUUCUGGGACAACUUCUAGUUAUCUGAAAUGGUCAGGCACUUUAGUGGUCCUAUUGGAAUUUUACUGUUUAACUUACUUGAUCGAAAUUUGUGAAUUCUACUUUUGCGUUCUUUUUUUGUUUUUGUUUUAUUUCCUUCCUCUACCCGUGUCUGGUGGCAGACAUUGUUGCAUUUUGAGUGUUUUGUGCAGUUUCCCUAUCUCCUAUAUCAGUGUUUCCCAACC